AUGGUUCUCUUGAACCUUGUCACUCUCUUUUCUCUUGCCGUGAGCGCGUCUCCGGUCGCCUCGGUCCCCCGGAUUGAGGCUCAGGUGCUCGAUGAACGCGCAAACCCCACUGUCGACAGCUGUUCCUUCCAUUCCGAAGAUGGCAUUCAGCCUGGGUGUUGGGAGACUCUCAAAAUGAACGACCAUCUCAACGACUGGUGGUCAAAGAACUCAGCCAGAUGCAAGACGGCGGAAAAGGGAUUCGCUGAAUGUUACCUCGAUUCAGCUGGAUACAUAACGUGGAGUUGUGACUUCAUUGCCCUAAAUGGAUGCACCCCUCCUCCGAGUGGCCGCGGCGCCGACUAUGCUUCCUACCAAGAAUUCUACGUCUUCUGGAAUAUCUACUCUAUCAACCUUUUCUUCACUAAUUACCACCAAGCUCUGUUGAAUGGUCAAGCUACUGCAAUUGGCGCGGUCGCUGAAAUUGUGAAGACGGUUUCGCCACCUAAGACCAAGAACCCCAAGACUCCUCUGUUCUCGCCUAUCUAUGCUGUGGCACUUGGCCAAUUUGCUGCCUUAGGUCCUUUGCUCGGUAGCUCUGUCGCCGCUAGCAUGGUUUUUGCUUCUCUCACCGGCGCCCUCGGUGGUGGAGCUGGUUUGUUCAAUCUUUUGUUCCCAACCAAGGCCGUACAGGAGGUCCCGUGGGAAGGCCUCUCUGCUGCUCUUUCAGAGAACGUCAAUGAAUACCAGAAGAAUGUUGGCGAGGCAUUGACCAAAAUUCAAACCGACUUUGACACAUUCUACUCUCUGGUUUCCAAUGGUGGCUUCAGCCAGAAAAUGAACACCAACUUGCCUGAGAACACCGAUUUCAUGUACCACAAUCUUCUGAAGUGGACUCUCAACCAGGCGCUGCAACAAGCAGACUACUUUGCCGUCAAGAACCCCGGAGUUGAUCCUCGCAAGAUUCCUAUCGAUCCAUAUGACUGCACCAACCUUGAUACUUACAACACUUGCGGCCCGAUCUGGUACGAUGGCAAGGACUCCUAUGGCCUCGCGAGGGCAAAUGACAUUGGCAUGGAUCAGAUGAAGACAAUCUUGGAUGCAGCAUUCUCUAAGAACUGGACCACGCCGCAUGAGCUCUACAUUGACUCUCAGCAAUGCCAGGGUAAGAACGGCUCCGAGUCCUUUGACGUGAAGGACCUGUCGCUGAGUUGCGCCUCGGACAUCCCUGUCUGCGAGUUUAACUUUGACUACAACCCGUACCAGUCGCUCAUUGAUCGCACCAACCCCCCCGAGUUCAAGAACUGUCCCAAUCAGAGAGGCUAUGGCACACCCAUGUUUUACAGCGAUGAUGCCGGAGUUCCUCUCUCGUAUCUUGGCCCCUUUUUGAUGUCCGGUGUCAUCUAUAAUGAGAAGAGUGGUUGAGGUUAAUUAGUUUAGUCAGAAUUUCACGGGAACUCAUAGCUUGUAGAGGGGUUUCUCGAGAGUCGUAGAACGUGCAGUGAAAAUACUGCGGAAUGACACUGUUGGAUUCACAGGUGGAAAAGGAAAAUACUCGAGUAUCG